CGUCCUUAUGACCAAUAACUAACUCGUUGUCUGGAAGUUGUAUACUAUUUCCUGUUGGUUUUCCUAUCUAGCAAUGAUGGUGAGCAGAUUGUGUUUUUUGUGGCUUGCAAGCUAUGCACCACAUCUCGUUGCAGCUGUUUCGUACAGCGUGCCAUCAUCGCCUCCAUCGAAUUCCAGUCCUCUCCUAGAUCCGGCGCCGGUGGGCGUGUCACUGGAAUUCUUCACUUUCCCUGGCUACAUGGAAAAUGUCACGUCCACCAUGACGUGCUUGAAGAACUUCAAAGAUCUCACCGGCUCAUGGCCGCCGGUAAGGGUUGGUGGAACAACGCAAGACCGGGCAACAUAUAAUGCCCAAUCAUCGGCAGCGGUCACUUACUCUGUCAGCAACCCCGCUGAUGCACCCAUGAGUCUGACGUUUGGUCCUUCGUUUUUCGACCUGGCGGCCUCAUACCCGGGAAGGUUAUAA